AUGUCAUUUAAUAAGAACAAAGUCUUAUAAUAGAGUGUUCAUUCAGUGAAAGAUUUGCCUCCCCUCUCAAAUAGAGGAAGUGAACGCGAAUUGUAGAAUGUGAACAAUGAUGGUUUGAUCUAAAAAUUAAAACUUAAAUUGAAUAAGGGCGGGGAAAUUGCUAACUAACAUAGCGCUCGAGGAGAGGAAAAACCAACUAGAAACAAUUAAUAAGACAACGAUUAAAAUCUAGUAAACAAAAAUAAUCAAGAUUAUUCUUAAUACUCUAAUCCUUAGCAAUUGAAAAACACAUUUAAGAAGUAAGAGAGUAACUAUUUAUACAAUUAUUUGUAGCAAUAUGGCUCAAAGAAUACUACCCAAGAAUACACGAAUAUGACUAAGUAACGAAAUCUAAGUACAGAAAAAUUAAUAUAUGGAUGUGCGAAAAAAUUUAUGAUUAAGCAAGAAUAUUAUGAUUUAAAGGCAGUUAACAGCAUUUUAUUCAAUUAAUAAGCAAGGAUUGUCUCAGUCUUCAAGGACUACCUUAUCUACGAUGACAUUUGUGAGUUUCUUACAUCUAUGUACACAAGUGAUUAGUCAAAAGUUCUAUUUUAAUAGCAUAUGAGGAAAGAAAAGGAAAGACUGCAAAAAUUUAAGACUAUUUCUUAAACCCCUAAUUACAACGUACUCGAAUCUAAAUAGAUACUUCAUAAAAAUUUGAAGUUUAAGCAAAAGGCAUAUCAUGACAAGGUUAAAUUACAAAAACUCCUUUAAUAGGAGUAAAUUUAGAGAUAACUAGAUGCUGCUGCUAUGAAAUUCAAUAUAGCAGCAGGAUAAACAGGAACAAAAAAGGAUAUUAAAAAUUUGCAGUUUUAGAAACUUAUAUAGUCAUCUUUGGUUCAAGAGUACAACUUCACUAAGCAAAAUAUAUCUCAGAAUUAUGAUAUGAGUUUAUCCUUGAGUAAAUACUCAAUUGGAAAGGAAUUGAAUUUGAGCGGAGUCAGAUAGAGUGGUACUAAUUUUAACAGUAACAAAAAUGACUAAAGCAAACUGGCAAAGUUAUUUAAACUUGAUGAUAGUGUAAUAAUGAUUGAAAAUUAAGGAUUGAUGUCUUAGAGAACGAAUUAGGGAUUGAUGUCUUAGAGAACGAAUUAGGGACUCUAAACUUAAAGAACCCUCACUCUUAAUGAUGAUUUUAUGCCAGCAGGGGCUUAUCUUAAGGAGAUGAAUCCGAUUAUGAUCAAGCAGCAAAGUCAUUAUUAAGAACCGCCUAGAGUCAGAAUCUUACCUGAUAUACCUAAACCUAAUCCGACACCAAGAAAUGAAACAAAGGAUGUAGAUAAAAUAAUGCCAUAGAAUACUCUUUAACCAUCUCAGAUUCAAGGGAAUGAAGAAAAAUCUCAACAAUUUUAAUUAAGAAAAUAUAAAACUCCAUCAAUUUUGAGUUAGCAUGAACUAACUAAGUAGAAAACAAGAAUAGGUGAUCCCUCAGGAAAUUAAGAUAUUUAAGAUUAUCUUGAUGAUGAUAUAGAUGAAAUAGAAAAGUCUUAAUCACUACUAAAAGAUGGUAAAUUUUAAGAUAAAUAAAAGGCUAACUAACAUCUGAAAGUAGGUGAUCAAAUUUAGCUUCAUAGAAGAGUUGAUACAGAAGUAGAUCCAUUUACCUAAAGUUACGAUUCUAACGAUUAUAACCACUUUUUUGCUGAUUAUCAGAAGAAGCAAACAACUGAAUACAAUGACUAUGAUUAGAUUUAGGGUAGAAAUAGUGACUAUUAUUAGAUUUACAAGAAUAGCAUAAAAAAAUCUACAGAUGAUAAUAAUCCUCUAGAAUUCCAAAGAGCUCCUUCUAGUAUUAGUAACCUACAUAAGCCUCCACGCGAUCAUAAAUACACUCAAAGUGUAAUGAAUGCUUAAAGUGAGGAAGAAAAGAAGACCUAUAUGUCCAUAUCCUCUGCAAAUUCCUUCAAGAAUCAGAUUAACUUUGAAAAAUCACAUAACAUUUUAAAACUCAACUUAAAACCCACUAUAUAAGAGGAUAGUGCUUCAAAUAGUAAGUAGAUCAAGUCAUAGUAAAACAAAAAGUUUCUUUAAAAGCUUGUAUUUAAAAAUAGGAAAGAACAGAUUACCAUUAAGACAAACGAUUCAUCUUAGAAUAUGAUUUAGAGCGUCAAUGCCAGCCCAGGUCCUCAGUAGCAGGACCGAAAGAUGGCAUAUCUUACUCCUCUAAAUAAUUAGCAAGUGAAUUUUUCAGUCCAAUUUUCUCCCCAAACAAGAAAUACAAUGAACUAAAAGCUUUCAAAUUUGUCUUAAUCUAACCCAAAGCUUUCAAUAAAAAAUUCACCUGAUAAUCGAAUAACUAAUGUUCUGAGUUCCUAAUCUUCACUUAAUCAAAUAGAUUCCACUAAUGAUAAGGGAUAUGAUCCAAACUACUACAGCCUUAAAAAUUCGAUGAUUGGAUCUACCAUCUAAAAAAAUAGUCAAAAUAAACUUCCUGAAAACACUAAAAGUUCUCAUCUCUAGUAGAUACCAAAGAUAAAAAUCAUUAAAAAGCCUAAGAUUAUUUUUAAUCAAGGUCCAGACUUCUCCAGAAAUUCUUUAGUGUCCUAACAAAGUAAUUAUAACUAGCAGUAGAACUAGCCAUAUUCACAUGGAUCGCCAGAAAUGAAAAUUACACAAGGAAGACGCAUGAAUAGAAAUGAAUAUAUAAACCUAAAGACUAGAGCGCACAGCUAUGGAGGUAGUGGUGGAGGUCAUUAGGUCUAGAACCCAGCUAGUACAAUUUCUAACAUUUAGACACCAAGCAUCGUUCAUCAUUCACCUAAAUCUCCUUCAGUUUAUCAAAGUCAAAAUAGUCAAUUUGGAGUGACUUAAAUGAUAGAAAAUCCAAGUUCAAUCAUGAUACAUGACUAAAAGGAAUCAAUCUUGCAUUAGUCCCAAAGUAAUAAACAAAACCGUCAACUCAUUAUAAAGAAGGCCAUCAAGCCUUAGUAACUUAAGUUCAAAGUCAACGCCUAUAAAUUUGUGAAUAGACCCUAAUCAAAUCUAGAUACUUAUCAGUAGCCUCCUCCUAUUUGA